GCUCUUCCCUGUGCUGGGAAAACAGCAACGGAAGGAAGUGAAGGAGCCACCCUGUGAUUUGCUGAGAUAGCCCCGUGGUGCCUGCGGAUGACGGCUCCCAGGACGCCCCACUGACGGAAUCUGGGGACAGGCUGCUGGGAGGCGGCUCUGAAGGGCCCCCCAAGGAGCCCUGUGAGCUACAAGGUGGUUUGGACCCCUGCGCUCUCCCUGACUCGUGAGAUGAAGUGAGGCAGGAGCAUCACGCUGUCUUUCCUGGCCAGACCUGAUUCCCAAGAUGGAACAAAGCUGAAGAACCGCUGCCUCGUCAUCUGUGAAUCGGGAGAAGACUGGGAUGGUCUCAAGUGCAUGGCCCUAGGCUGACUGCAGCGAUGAGUUCAGACGAGAAGGGCAUAUCCCCUGCUCAUAAAACAUCCACUCCGACCCACAGAAGUGCCUCCUCUUCAGUGUCCUCUCAGAGGGAGGGCAGGCAGAGUGUCCACAUUUUGGAAAGGACUGCUUCAUCCAGCACCGAGCCCUCUGCAAGCCGGCAGUUGCUGGAACCGGAGCCCAUCGCCCUCUCCAAGGAAGCCGACAGCUGGGAAAUUAUAGAAGGGCUGAAAAUCGGACAAACCAAUGUCCAGAAGCCAGACAAGCAUGAGGGAUUUAUGCUGAAGAAAAGAAAAUGGCCUUUAAAAGGCUGGCACAAGCGCUUUUUCGUCCUGGAUAAUGGAAUGUUAAAGUAUUCAAAGGCACCACUUGAUAUUCAGAAAGGGAAGGUCCAUGGGAGCAUCGACGUGGGACUGUCAGUCAUGUCAAUUAAAAAGAAAGCUCGGAGGAUAGACCUAGACACAGAAGAGCACAUCUAUCAUUUGAAGGUGAAAUCCCAGGACUGGUUUGAUGCCUGGGUCUCCAAACUGCGCCAUCACCGGUUAUACCGUCAGAAUGAAAUUGUGAGGUCACCGAGAGAUGCCAGUUUUCACAUAUUUCCUGCAACCUCUACAGCCGAGUCCUCUCCGGCUGCCAAUGUUUCUGUUGUUGAUGGAAAGAUGCAGCCCAACAGCUUCCCGUGGCAGUCCCCGUUACCGUGCAGCAGUAGCCUGCCUGUCACGUGCACGACGGGCCAGAGCAAAGUGGCGGCCUGGCUGCAGGACUCGGAGGAGAUGGACAGGUGUGCCGAAGAUCUUGCACACUGCCAGUCAAACCUUGUGGAACUUAGCAAGCUCCUGCAAAACCUGGAGAUACUUCAGAGAACUCAGUCAGCACCUAACUUCACUGACAUGCAGGCUAACUGUGUAGAUAUUUCAAAGAAAGACAAGCGGGUCACAAGACGCUGGAGAACAAAAAGUGUCAGCAAAGAUACAAAAAUACAACUGCAGGAAGGGCCACCCGCGAAGGGCCAGUUCAGCACGACCCGGCGCCGACAGAGGCUAGCAGCAGCCGUGGCCACAACAGUUCCUUUCAGUGCCACCAUGUCACCGGUCCGCCUGCACUCCUCCAACCCCAACCUGUGUGCCGACAUUGAGUUUCAGACUCCACCUAGUCACCUCACGGACCCUCUGGAAAGUUCAACAGAUUAUACAAAGCUGCAAGAAGAAUUUUGUCUCAUUGCACAGAAAGUGCAUUCUCUUUUGAAGUCUGCGUUUAAUAGCAUAGCUAUAGAGAAAGAAAAGCUGAAGCAGAUGGUUUCUGAGCAGGAUCACAACACAGGCCACAGCACACAGAUGGCCCGGCUCCGACAGUCGCUGUCUCAGAAUGAAGGAGCCAACAAAUCCUGGGCGCUCAACCAGAAUGCUGACCUGAGGAGCCGGCUGAACAGAAUACACUCAGAGUCUAUCAUUUGCGAUCAGGUUGUCAGUGUAAAUAUUAUUCCUAGCCCCGAUGAGCCUGGUGAGCAAAUCCAUGUCAGCCUCCCCCUGUCACAGCAAGUGGCCAAUGAGAGCCGCCUCUCCAUGUCGGAGUCGGUGUCUGAGUUCUUCGAUGCCCAGGAGGUGCUCCUGUCUGCGAGUUCAUCAGAAAAUGAGGCUUCCGAUGACGAGUCUUACAUCAGCGACGUGAGCGACAACAUAUCCGAAGACAACACCAGCGUGGCGGACAAUAUCUCUCGGCAAAUCCUGAACGGAGAGCUGACCGGGGGCGCCUUCAGGAAUGGCCGCCGCACGUGCCUGCCCGCUCCGUGCCCCGACACCAGUAACAUCAACCUGUGGAAUAUCUUGAGGAACAACAUCGGCAAAGACCUGUCCAAGGUCUCCAUGCCCGUGGAGCUCAACGAGCCGCUCAACACUCUGCAGCACCUGUGCGAGGAGAUGGAGUACAGCGAGCUCCUGGACAAGGCCUCGGAGACGGACGACCCGUACGAGCGCAUGGUUCUCGUUGCUGCAUUUGCAGUUUCAGGAUACUGCUCCACCUACUUCAGAGCAGGAAGUAAGCCAUUCAACCCAGUCCUGGGGGAGACUUAUGAAUGCAUUAGAGAAGAUAAAGGAUUUCGAUUUUUCUCAGAACAAGUUAGCCAUCAUCCACCCAUUUCUGCCUGCCACUGUGAAUCAAAGAAUUUUGUGUUUUGGCAAGACAUCAGAUGGAAAAAUAAAUUCUGGGGGAAGUCAAUGGAAAUCCUGCCUGUUGGAACGCUGAAUGUCACACUUCCAAGGUAUGGAGAUUACUAUGUGUGGAAUAAAGUGACCACAUGCAUACACAACAUCCUCAGUGGGAGGAGAUGGAUAGAGCAUUAUGGAGAAGUAACCAUUAGAAAUACCAAAAGCAGUGUUUGCAUUUGCAAACUCACAUUUGUCAAGGUGAAUUACUGGAACUCCAAUGUGAAUGAAGUUCAGGGGGUUGUGAUUGAUCAGGAAGGGAAGGUGGUACACCGGCUGUUUGGGAAGUGGCAUGAAGGACUCUACUGUGGUGUGGCCCCCUCAGCAAAGUGCAUCUGGAGACCAGGUUCCUUGCCAACCAACUAUGAGCUCUACUACGGCUUCACGAGGUUUGCCAUUGAACUCAAUGAGUUAGAUCCUGUACUGAAAGAUCUCCUUCCACCCACAGAUGCUCGAUUCCGGCCAGAUCAAAGGUUUUUGGAAGAAGGGAAUUUAGAAGCUGCAGCAGCAGAGAAGCAAAGAGUAGAGGAGCUGCAACGAUCGCGAAGACGGUACAUGGAAGAGAACAACCUGGAGCACAGACCAAAAUUUUUUAAAAAAGUUAUUGAUGCAAAUCAAAGAGAAGCCUGGGUUUCUAAUGACACCUACUGGGAGCUUCGAAAGGACCCAGGGUUUAGCAAAGUAGACAGCCCUGUUCUUUGGUGAACUGUAAACAGAGAGCUAGCCACCAUAUCACACUCUGAAUGAAUAAAUAACUAUGCACAAUGAUGUUUCUCAUAGCUACGCGUGGUUUCUGGGUCGACUGAAAACCUCCCAUUUGCUUUUCUAUUCAUCUUUAUAAUGGAUUUUCAGAAGUGCAUUAGACAAGGCCCCCCAACCACUUUUGGAUCCUUUCUGUUUUGCUGCAACCAUAUUCCUUAAAAAUAAAAUAAAAUAAAAUCCAUACCCUCCUCAGAAAGCAGAGAUAAAAUCCAAAGCCGGAAGAGUUGGUAAAAAUAAAUAAAUAAAUACUGUAACUGGUGCUUGAAGUUGAUCAGGAAGGUAAAGGACAGCGUACAGACUACCUGUUUGGCCUGUUGUCCGAAAGCGCCGGCCCUUCCACAGGCGCUGCCAGGCCACGGUGGUCAGUUGGUUCAGACUUCCAUGUGUUUGUGAUGUGGCGUACUUGUGCUGACGUCAGAACAGAUGUGCGUGAUGCUUCCCAGAACCUGUUCCAUCUUUAUGCCAUUUUCCAUGCCUUAAGAAACGCAAAGAUGUAUAAUAAACCAUUUUUAAACGUGUGCUUAUAGGUGUAUGUGAAGAACAGAUCUUUAGAAUCGUGGCAUGUUCACUUUCUCCAUCAGAAUGGCUCAGCUCACGCAGACGGAUUAACUGGGGGAACACCUGCUUUCCUCGAGAAGUCGCUUACUACAUGGUACAUGGCAAGAGGGACACGAUGUGCUAAGUAGAGCUCUGUUUCUACGUUUCUUGUUCAGUUCCUGUCUUGCAUCCAGGUAAUAAACCAUCCCUCUUCCAUCGACUCUCACAGUGUGCCCUGUUACUUGGCAAAGUGUAUUUGAUUUGGACAUUUGUCAUCAGUGUUAAAACUUUGGAAGGAAAUAAGAAUGUGGAGUUUCUGUGCAGGCUAAGCAGGACAGUCAAGUCACUGCUCCUGAGGGAAGCGCGAGGCAGGCAUGCGUACCCACGCUGCCCACACUCUUCACCCACCAGUGACCAACGCCAGGGUGCCGGCAGCCUGUGCACAUUGUGUAAAUGAAUCCUAUGCAAAAGCAUAUUUCCUUUUUUUAUCAGGUAAUUCCACAUGAUACACGGAGACAUAUUAAACAUUUACUUUGCUAGGAGCCAGGAUAUCAAAUUUAGGCAAAAGAAUUUAUUCAUCCCAAAGAAAUGGGGGAGGGGGACAAAAAUGUGGUUUUUGAAUACUUCCAGACUUGUUUUUUCUUCACAAAUACUCAGAAGUUUUUGUAGGAAUCUUGCAUCAGUAUUCCUAAGUUUAUGCACGUACAUAACUAUAUAAAUGCCUGUGUGUUUUUUAAAAAAAAUCUUCCUGGAGAUUUUCCUAGUGAAUUAUAAAAUUAUAUGUAUUGUUAGAAUUUUUAUUCUUAGACUCUUACCAUCAGAAUUUAAGUGUUACUUUAAACUCUGAUAAUAAGGUUAUUGACAUUUUAUAUUUUGUUAAGAGGUGUUAAUUUCAGUAUUAUUUCUCUCCAGCAAGCACUCCCAAUAAUGACUAAUUCACAGUCAAAAACUUGAUGAGAACAUAGAGGAAAACUCCAAACUUUCCACUAGAUGGCGCAACAUUUUAGUUAUCCUAAAAUCCAUGGCUCCUUUCAUCUAAAUCUACUUUCUGGGCACAGUUUUCAUUUCUUAGCAUGGAGUCCCAUUACCAAAGAAAAUUCCUUAAUCCUCCUCAGCUCGAAGCAUUCUAUGUAAACAGCACCUUUCUAUGCUUCUCAAUUCCUUUCUCCAUCUGAAAUGGGGAAAUGGAUUUUCUAGAUGGUUAUAAAAUCUUCCCCUUGUCAUUGAUUGCUUCUCUCUUCACUCAUCUUCACACCUUUUUAGGUGCUGCAUCUUCAGAUAUAUGCCUUUAACUUUAAUUGGAAUCCUAUUGACUUCCUCCCAGAAGCCAAUUUUUUAAUUGGGAAAGUUGAAAUACUCUUUAAGUGGCGCUGGCUUGUACUUCCUAGCAUCUCGCCAUCUCGCACUAGCCUGAGUAAGAGAAGGUGUGACAAGGAGAGGAGUGAGAAGGUGAGAGGUAUCAGGUGAGCAGAUGAAACGUGGCCAAUCGAAAAGCCAAAAAAGCAUCAGGACCCAUCAGGGACAUAACCACUAUGCCUGUCAUUGGGGUUAUAGCCGAGCAAAAGGGAAAAUAGUAGGCCAACCCCUUGACUAGAGAAUAAGCUCAGAUGAAAAUCUGAAUGACAAAUGUUGGUCAGCACUAACCUGAAACUUCAAUUAGGAUUUCAAGGUGAAAAUGAGAAAAUUGUGAUAGUAAUUAACCACAUUUCAUAAUAUUUCCCAUUUUGAAUCUGUUUGGGGAUUCAGAAACCCUAGUGAUGCCCAUUCAAAGAAUCCUUGGGCCUUAGCACCCCCUCUGCAUCUGACUCACUGUCUCUCAUGUGGAGCACGCGCCUCAUGCCCUUUGCAGCUUUACCUUCUGUUAGUACGGUGGUUGUGGAGAGACAUCCUGUGGGAAUUUUCACCUAUCAUAUUUGGGCUUUUGAAAUACAUAGCAGAAGAGUAGACUAUUAGCUUGUACUCUUGUUAAACAAGAUUUAUUUCCUUGACUUUUUGUUUGUUUUUGUUUUUGGAGGGAGGGUUUCACUCUAGUCCAGGCUGACCUAGAAUUCACUCCGUAGUCUCACGCUGGCCUUGAACUCACGGUGAUCCUCCUACCUCUGCCUCCCAAGUGCUGGGAUUAAAGGCAUGCGCCAUGACACCCGGCUACUUCCUUGAAAUUUUAUAUAAACCUUUAUAGUUCAGAGAUGUGUUUCGGUUUUUCCCUAAAAUGAUCCAGGACAGAGGAGGGCUUGAUAUGUCCUCACACCUCUCACUCAAUUCCCACGCUCCUUCCUCUCAUGAGAGCCAGUCGUCAAAGGCAGUGUUAGUAAAAAACAGCAACCCGCAGACCCGCUGGGCUGACAGAUGCCUGCCGCCAGCACUUCCAAAGGCUCGUGAAAACUAAUUACUUGAUUCUGAAUACUGCUACCCAAGUUGCAAAUUUACUCUUCAAUUUUACUGGCUGUUUUUUUUUUUUUUCUUUGCUUUUAAUUGCCAUUGUUUCUCAUGAGUUACCUCAAAAUACCUUCCCCAUAAUUUCCAGACAGAUGUAAAAAAUAAAGCUCAUUUCAGAUACCUUUCAUUGGUACUGAUCAGUUUAGUCACAUGUGAGUGGGGAACCAAGUGGAAUUUUCUGGGUAAGACAAAUCAAGGCAUUUUCAGUGCAAAGAAUGCCAAGUUGUCAAUGUCCCAAACCUUCUCCUCCUCUUGAUUAUUUCAGCCCCAUGCUCUUCAGCACUUCACAACAGAUCACUGACUUCUGUCCAGAUGAGCACUGGGGAGGGUCUCUAAGGAAGAAAACCUGACUUAAGUUGUUUUUCUUGAUCCUGGCUCCAGCUGUGACCAGAGAAGGGUUUAUUAUCAUUAUCUAAAGACCAUUUUUAUUAUUAUCUUGUGGUGGUUUUUAAUUACCCAUCAUGUCUAGUCUUGUUCUCUGCCACCCUAGAUAGUGAAGUGUUAGUGGACACAGAGCUACACACACACACACACACACACACACACACACACACACCCCAGGGGGUGUAAUAGACAUUUGCACUUGGCUCAGUAUAUUAUGAAUGUGGCACAGUAAAUAAGGUUUGUGUACAAAAAUAUUAGUUUAUUUCUACGAGAGCCAUUAUGUUCAGGAUAUAUAAAAUGUGUCUAAUUAAACCGUGAUGAAUAUAUUUUGUGUGCUAGACAUGUUGUCCUGAGGAAAGUAUGAAAAAAGUCAGUGAAGCCGAGAUUGAAGUGUUGGGUUUGUUUGUUCAUUUGAUUUAAAAUGAAAAUAAAAUAAAAUAAAAUAAAACCUUCCUUUUUUGGGAAGUACCACAUAACAAACCAGGAUACUCUAAAUUGUUGAGUUUAUCUGUAAAAUUUAAACUUGUAAGCUGUACAUUGUAGGACUCUUCCUCUAAUGGAAACUGACUUUGUUUAAUCUUAAUACAUCAUUUCAAGCACAUAUACCUGGUGGGAAGCUAUAAGGCCAUUUCUGUGGCCUGUGCUUUGAGAGUGAAUGCUAAACUGUGGGAGAAGGCUUUGGCUUCAGUUCUUCCAGCUUGACAUCCAAAGCAUGAAUCAUUUCAAAGUUGUAGCGAUGGCCUAAUGUGCCCAACCUCAUCCGCCAGUGAGGCUUCCUGAUUCAGGCAGCUUUCAGGUGACUCAGAAGUACUUACCUUCAAUCCCAUCCAUCCUACUGGAUUCAUUUUCUACAACCUCUGAUCCUAACAUAGAGAAGGGUCCACAUACAUCUGUUUGUUGUUUUGCACUGUCAUGCAGUGUUUGUGAAAUAUGAGGCAUUUAUGCAUAAUUUCAGAGUCAUUAAAUACUGGAAGCUAUUUCACUUACUCUUGCCCUGUUAAACACUAUUAUUUUUCAUGAAUUAACAUUUUCCUUAUAAAUACAUAUUAUUAGGCACUUUGGUUUCUCCAGAUUGGUAGGGAGAAAAAAAACAACAACAAAAAUGUUAUUUUCUACAACUUUUGUUUUUAGCCAUACCUUUCUAUUAAAAUAUAUUAGUGGUAACAAAAGAAUUUUUUUGUAAAAUGAGAUAUAAUCCUAUUUGAGUUCCAUCUGUUUCCUCUAAUACUUUUAGUUAACACAAUUAACAACCAGACUCAAUUUCAAUACUGUUCAAGGGGGAAUAAUACUGAAAUUACUACUCUUUUUAGCCACCCACUUUCCCUUAGUUAUUUACUUCCAGUUCUUUAGAAAUCAGAGCAGUUGGUAUAAAUUUUUCAAGCUUAAGUUAUAAUUAAUAUGUAAUAAGCACCACAUAUUUGAACCUUACAACUUGAUACUUACUGACUGUGUAAAUACUGUUGGCACCACCACCAUCACCAUAGUGCAUAUAUCUAUCACUGUCAGCUUUCCCCAGCCAUGGUGUAUUCUUCCCCUAUUCACUCUGAGACAAUUAUUGGUCUUCUUUUAUUAAAAUCUGCAUAUUUUCUUAUGUUUAUAGCAUAUGAGAUUUUCCUAGAUAUCUGAGUGCACAUGGGUUCCUGCCAACCCCUCCCAUGCCAUUAUCAAUAAAUCAAACGUCAGGAAAGAGGAUUCCAUUAAGUUGGUUCUGAUAGCCUGGUAAAAAUUUACAUUGGCUUAGAAGAUGAUACUUCAUUUCAAAAUGGCCAUGUAAAUUUAUGGAAUAUUUUACAUGCUUUGAGAGCUCUGAGUCAUGCUAACAUUGGAUGGACUUGAGAUGCGCAGGAGGUCCUAGGAAGUAUUUUUCUCAGGUGUGUAAAGAAAGCUCAACAAUCUGGAAUGACUGCUCUAAAGAUGAUGCUGACCUACUUAUGACUCACCUCACCAGCCUUCACUUUAUAUCACAAACUUUAAGUUAAAUUAUUUCAUACACAAAACCAUCUAAUUGUACAGAUGAAUGGGGUACCACGUGAUAUUUUCAAUACCAUUGUACAUUAUGCAAUGUUUGGAUCAAGUUAAACAUUAUUUUUCUUUGCAAAUACUGAUCAUAUCUUUACAGUGAAAAUUUUCAAAAUCCUUUCUAAUGGCUUUUUGAAGUGUAUAGUGCAUUACUGUCAUCUAUAGUCACCCUGCUGGGGUGGCAAACAUUUGACAUUUCCAGUCCUUAAGAAAGCUGCUUCUUGUGUUUUCUGAUGCCCUCACCCCUCAGCUGGGAACAGUUACUAAGCCCCAUUUAGAGAAAGAAGUGUGAGAACUUGCCAUUGAGGAAGCUGAAAGUUUAUUUCUUAUGUCCUGAACCCCAAAUCCCAUUACUUGAAAGUAGAAAAUGUUUCAGAGGUAAUCAAAUAAAGCAUAACAUUGGAUGGACUUGAGAUGCAGAGGAAGUCCUGGAAAAUAUUUAAUGUUCAUGAAAACAAAAGGAAACAAUAAGAGAAAUGAGAUCUAGGGGAGAAAAAUAUGUUCUCUUACAUGCUACAGGGAUGUGCUUGGAGAUGUGGAUGGAUCCUAGGUGGGGCUUAAAAAUUGCCUUAGCUGUUUCUUUACUGAAUCCCUAGUUACCCUCCAAUGACUAAGUUAAUAGAUCUAGGAGCCUGGCCAAACCAAAACAAAAAAGAUUGUAAAAAGCCUUCUCCAUCCCCAGGUAACUAUAAGAUACAAGCAGGAUGAGUGUGUACCUAACUCCCAUUUCACUAUCCCUGCCCCAACCUCAGCUUUCUUUUUAGUUCUGAUAAUAGUGCUCAGGUGCCAGCAAGAAAGUCUGGUUCAGGAACCAAAAACAAGAGCUGAGAAUGUGGCAGCAUGUUUGCCUAGAACAUGCAAGGCCCUGGGUUCUGUAGCCAGAAUUACAAAAGUCACACACGUGUAUACACACACACAGAGAAAGACACAAAGAACUCAGUGACCUCUGACUCAACAUUGCUACUCUAUCACCCUGACUUCUGCCCCAAAGCCAGUGCUAUAAGAAGAAGACAGAAUCGGGAAGGCACCACUCUGAAACGAAAAGAUGAAUAUUAGGCCAGAGAAAUGCUCAAGUGCAUUUCUGGAGGCAUUCUCACCAGCCAGAUGACCAGACUGUGGCCCUCAAAGCCUAAAACAUCUGUGCCUCCCCUCCACUCCCUCCAGGUCUGGUUUUGUGUUCAGUGGAUUGAUGGUCCUGGCUGGUAUGAAAGCCAAAACAAAAUGCUCCCACAAAGCCUCCUCCUGAUGGACAGUUUCACAGCCAGGUUAGCAGCAUGUCCUUUGCAUCAGCUUCUUCUCCAAACAUGAUAUAGUUUGAAAAAAACCCAACAUGAUUUUUUAUUUUAUUUUAUUUUUUGCUUAUAAUUGAAUGUGUAAUGAUGAUGGUCAUGUACUGUUAGGUGACAUAUGGUCAACCUGAGACAGAAAAGCGUUAUCUUAUAUAACAAAUAGAAUGUCAACCAACUUUCCACAGAAAAGAAUUUGCAGUUAAAUUUCCUAACAAUGGAUAAUUCUUCAUGGGAAAAAAAAAAUGGUUAAAUCUGUGCCACCUCAAGAAUUGUGCCUCCUCAAUGAAUGUUGUCUACAAGAAUGUUACAUUCGUAAAUGCCCAGAAACUCAAUAAAUUUUAAAUGAAUUGUAUAAAGA